UGGAGUUAACUCUGGGUUGAUAGAAAAAAACAGCGGCAACACGGAGAUGCUGACCGGAGGGUUCCGGUUGGUGUCAAUGACAUGAGCAGAAAAUAAAUUAUGGCAGGGAAGCUCAGCUGCAACGCGUCUUUAAAUACUCCCGUCGCAUAGACAACCCGCAUUGUUGAGAAUUUUAUUUUUUAUUUUGAACUGUAAGCAGCAAAAAUGCGCGGGGCGGACCGCGGCAGCAGGUCUGCCGUGAUUGUGCUCUGCCUGCUGGGAUGCGAUAUAUGGACGGCGGCCGCUAAAACACUGCAGGAGGACAGCGAUGCCAAAGAGGUGGUGCUGAAGGUUCACCUGAGUGACGCUAGCACCCAUCAGCCUCUCUCUGGUGUCACCGUGGAGAUCUUCACCAACCACACCCCUGUUGCAACCGAUACCUCUGGUGCUGAUGGCAAUGCCUUCAUCAGGUUCCCUUAUCGCCUUGGUGAUCUUCUUGUAGUCACAGCAACCAAGCGUGGAUAUGUACCCAACUCCGUCCCAUGGCAACCAAGCAGGCUACCUGUGUUCUCAUCUCUCAGUCUGGAUCUGCUUCCUGAGAGGGCUGCUACUCUGAUGGUGUACGAAGACGUGGUGCAGAUAGUCUCUGGAUAUCAAGGUUCAAAACUACAGCCGUGGGUUCAGUUCCAGAGAAGAGCACUGAGUCUUCCUUCUAAUGCAACAUACACUAACCUGACCGCCUUCCUCACAGUGAGCAGUUCAACCCAAGAGACACAGUACUUCCCUUACCUGCAGGACCUUCACUCCAACUACACAGGUAGUGAACGAAAGUUUGAGUUGACUCCUGUUGCUGCCAUCAGUGUCCAUCUUUUGAGCAGUGAUGGGGCAGAGCUUCACGUCAGUGAGCCAAUCAGUGUGAGUGUGCCUCUUCCUGAAAAUAGUGGCUUGAAAGAGAACGAUCACAUCCCUGCCUGGCGGUUUGAUCCUAAACUUGAAAACUCUCAGACAUCAUUCACCCGGUAUCCCCAGAGAAGAGAAUGGGCCUGGCUGAAGAGCAGUUUGGGUUAUGUUCAGAGAGAAGGGAAGCAGUUAACUCUCACAUAUAUUGCCCCUCAGCUUGGCUAUUGGGUGGCAGCCAUGUCUCCCAUAAACACGGGUCCUGUGGUGGCGAAGGAUAUCAGCACUUAUCAUACAGUCUUCCUGCUGGCCAUACUAGGAGGCAUGGCCCUGAUACUGCUUUUCCUGCUCUGCCUUCUGCUCUACUAUUGCAGGAGGAAAUGCGCCCGCUUGCGGCCUGCCCACAGGAAGUUCACUUUGUCCUUAGCCCUAGAUGGCUCUAAACGAGACCAGGCUACUUCCAUGUCCCACCUUAACCUCAUUAAUGAGACUCACCUGGACCACAACAAAGCGGAGCCGGACAUGCACACACCUAUGCUUAAACCCACACCCUACGACUCGUCCACCAAUGAGCUGGCAGCUUCACAGGAUGAGCUCCAUAGUCGAGGAUCCAACCACUAUAAACACUCGGUUGAGAUAUUUCCACUCAAAUCAGCUUGUUCAAACAAUCCCUCUGAAGGCUAUGAUUCUGCCACACGUGGGGAGUACCGGCGCAGCUAUACCUCCAUCACGACUUCAUCUGUCCAUCCCCUCCACAUGUCUGUCUCGUCCUCAUCCCCCCAUCCUUUGCAUCUCACCACCUCAGCAGGACGUCUCUCUUCAGAAAGUAAAUCAAGCUUUCGUGAUCCACGUCUCUCUCCUGUUACAGCCACAUUGACAAGUCCUGUAGGAUCCCCGGAGAGGGAACAAGGAAUUGAGUGGCGACCGACUGAUUACAUGUUGUCUCGCUCCGUAGACCACCUAGAGCGACCUGCGCCCCUUCCCCGACCUGGAGCCCUGCUGUGCUGCACCUCUGAACUACAGGUCAGCCAAGGGGAAGAAACCUAUCGCAAGGCCCGCCCCACGCUUGUCAUCCCCGCUCACUACAUGCGACUCCCCGGGACACACCCCCUCUCGGGUCAGGCCCUCCUCCUGCAGUCAGAUGAACAGAGCGAACUGGAAAGCAUUCAGGCAGAGCUUAGUGCAUGCCAUCAGCCCCAGGGCCAAGUGCCACACCCAUGGGGUAAAGGCAAGCUAGAAGGAAGGAUGCAAGGAGUUGGGGAAGACCAAGGCAGAGGAGUGGAUGAGUGGACGCUGCAGACGGCAGCUGUUCCCGCAGAUCUUUCCAUUCCCAAUUCCCUCAGUCAGGCAGGCCUGGAUGUUGUGCAGAUGAAUGGUGAAGAUCAGCUUCUGGCCGAAAAGACUUUGAUGGCACUUCGAGGAGGAAAGCCUCUCCCUCAUCCGAGAGCUUGGUUCGUGUCAUUGGACGGCCGUUCCAACGCGGACAUCCGUCAUUCCUACAUCGACCUACAGAGGGCAGGAUGUAACAAUAGUUGUGUAGGAAGCAACGAUGCCAGUCUGGACUCAGGGGUUGACAUGAGCGAUGUCACACCAGGACGGCGUGUUCGCGACAUUAGCAAAGUUCAGGGGCGAGACAGGGUCAGAUCUGAAAAAGGGGCCCAGCCUGCAGUGCCUAUGGUCGAAUAUGCACCAUUAGUGUUUGUAGAGGAUACAAAUACAAAUGUAGGUGCUAGUAGUAGCCCCACUCCAGUCGGCAGUCCUGAAGAAAACUCAGAAGGGCCUUUACUGCAGGAAGGAGAGAAGGUGGAGGAAGAAGAAAAGACUCUGUCAACCCCAUUGCCUCCUUUACUUCCUCCGCAACUUCCUUCACCCCCUCUUCUCCCUGAGCCUGUGGAUGAGACACCAGAGGAGACCGUGACAGAGAGCGAGGUUUUUAGGACUGAGGACACUCAAAUGCACACAAGCAAUAGCCGACCAGACAACCUGGUCGUCCCUGAUGACAGCGGAGAAGACGAGAACAAGAAGAGCCCUUGGCAGAAACGAGAGGAGCGACCACUACUGGCCUUUAACGUAAAAUGACACGUAAUUUAAAGGAAUGUUCCGAGUUCAAAACACAAUCAACCAUAUUCGUGGCAUAAUGUUGAUUAUCACAAAAAUUAUUUUGACUUGGUCUUGUUCCAGUAAGGCGCUCGCAGUGGUGUUAAUUUUUUUUUUUUUUUUUUUUUUUUUUAUAUAAAUGAGCUUAAAUUUUUUUUUGUGGCAAUCAAUAUAAUGCCUCAAAUUAUCUUAACUUGUAUUGAAUGCAGAACAAUCCUUUAAGUAUUUUCCCCUGUCAUCCCCAGCUGGACCGCUGAAUGGAGUUGCCUGUGGCAAUGAAAGCCAAGCAAGCCAUAGCACAAAUUAAUACUGGAGCAGUUCUGCCUCUCAUCUGUGAAUGAGAAAGAACAAACUGAGUUUCCAAAGCAAAAAACACCAUUAAAUACCAACACUUUGAUGCACAACUGCUAUGGCUUUCCUAUAAACACACUUUGAGCAAAAAAUGUUCCAUGAAUCAUUGCAAGCCAUUGUAUUGAAAGUGACAUGUCAUUUAAGCUUAAUGAGAUGCUGCUGUUUUUGAGCAAUAUGACAUCCAUGGCAACAUGUGUACACUGCAAAAUGGUGUACCAAAACGAACAUCAACACUAAGUGUUUCCCAGCACUUAUUUGAACAUAUAUGGGAUGACCGGCAGAAUGUCUUCCAUAUCUUAAUAGGUUGUAAAACAUGAUAUAAAAACAUCAUAAUGGGAUAAUUUUGCUUCACAAUCUAAAUCUCUGUUUCCUUAUUUGUGGUUCUGUUGAUAGUGGAACACAUCUGAAGCUUUAAAGACCAAAUAAGUUUACAUAAAGUACCAUUUGUUUCUGUUAAUCUAUCAUUUUGGAUGUGUUGAGCACAUAUUUACAAAUGUACUUUUCCUCAAAUUCUUAAGACUUGGUGACAUUUUUGAAGUCAUCAGUGCUGGUGGGCUAAAGACAAGCAGACCUGCCUUGAAAACAACUAUGCAUUGCUUUUAACUGAAGGAUCAUGAAGCUUUAGAUGCCUCUUUUUUUUUUUUAUUUUAACCACUGUAUUGUAAUUUCAGUUCUUUUUGUGAAUAUUUUAUUCAAGUUGUUUUAUAAUUGUUAUUUUUGUUUGGUCUUGCCUUAGUGUGAGUGAGGUGGGCUGCACUUUCAAAUGAGGGCUGGAUGCACACAUGCAAACACACACUCACUCACAUGAUUAGCCACCAGCUUUUUGUUCCCAAACUUUAAUUUCAGUCUUAAGUGCCUUUUCUAGCAAUCCUUAUUAUCCAGCAUUAGAUUUCCAUUGCCUGUCCACCACUUUAUCAGUUUGUGUCAUAUAAUUUGACGUUUUUCGCAAUAUAUUGACUCCAUUGACAUUACACAGUUGCAUUACACACCCCUGUUCCCACUGAUCUCUUUGUGUCCCAGUGAGUGUUUUAAUGUUGUGUUUUGGUGUACGUUUUUAGGUUCUGUCUAAUGAUUGAUGUCUGGACAUUUUGUCCCAUGUGGUAUGUAUGUACAUAUUCAUUCAACCACUAGUUUAUGCCUAUGUGAGUGUGUGUUGCUAUGUGUAUCUGUGUGUCUUCUGCAGACAUGCUAUGCAGUGUGUGUAUCUGGUUAUGUAGGGCUGAAAGGAUUUUGGUUUGUUGCCAGGGUAACCACUUGGUAAGAAUACUUGCGUCACUCUCAGCUAAUCAGCAAUCUACUUGGAAUGUCUGGACUGGUUACUUGUAUAAUAAUUCAGGCCUGUUAUCCCAAUAAAGCCAAAAACCUAGUCAACACUAUUUGAGCAUAAUUUAUCUACAGCUGAUGGAAGAGCUUAAGAUCAAAUCAUAAACACAAGAGCCAUCAAUGUCACUUUAUGUUGAAUUAAAAUGACUUAAUAACCAUGAGAGGUCGCUGACUGACUGCACUGAAUGAAUGGAAUGGAGGGCUCUAAGGUGAUGUUAAAUGUUUGAGAAAUGCAACUUAUUGAAACUUGACAGCCAGUGUAACCUGGAGAAUUUAGAUUCUGCC